ACGAUGUUUUCAUUUGCGGAUACUGUGUCGUCCGGCGACAUUUAGUUAAAUGCAAUUGAAAGUUUUUAAGGGGUUAGAACCUUUUAAACUACAUGGAAUUGUACGUUGAGUUUAUCGUGUGAUAGUUUAAAGUUAUUAGGCCGUCAAAAUGUGGAAUAUGAUGUGUGACGUGAUGCCGACUAUUUCGGAGGACAGCAUUAGCCAGCGAUCUUCGCAAUUUUCUUCAGAGGAUGCGAACUUUGAGCAACUUAUGGUCCAAAUGUUGGACGAAAGAGACAAACUAAUGGACAGUCUUAGAGAAACGCAGGAAAGACUUGGUGAAACCGAAAUCAAACUAACGGACGUCGAAAAAGAAAGAGACUCUCUUCAAAGACAAAUCGCCGCCAAUUUACCACAGGAAUUUGCGGCUUUGACAAAGGAACUAAACGCCGCCAGAGACAAACUGCUGGAAAGGGAAGAGGAAAUAUCUGAACUGAAAGCGGAACGGAACAACACUAGGUUAUUGCUCGAACAUUUGGAAUGUCUGGUUUCGAGGCACGAGAGAUCUCUGCGGAUGACUGUGGUAAAAAGGCAGGCAGCCGCGCAAUCGGGCGUCUCAAGCGAAGUAGAGGUUUUAAAAGCUUUGAAAAGUUUAUUCGAACAUCACAAGGCUCUGGACGAAAAGGUUCGCGAGAGACUGAAAGUAGCAUUAGAAGGAAAUACAAAAUUAGAAGAGGAAUUAGCUGCAACCAAAGAAGAGUUACAACAGUACAAACAAGGACACACCCCCUCAAGUGUACCUGCUGUAGAAGACAAACCCAAAGAAAAUGGACAAGUUGAUGUAGGGGACCAAGUUAUAACUGUUACUAAUAAGGGCGCGCCGAAGCCCCGACUCACUAAUGGCGGAGUGGAAUCAGAUACUGACAGCGCAGCCCGAAUCGCCGAUCUACAGGUAGCGUUGGAGCAACAGACUGGAGAGAUAAGCACCUGGCAACGUCGUUGUGCGGACAUGCAGAACCGCGUGGGCGAGCUGGAGGAGACCCUAUCGAAAGCACAAAAGGAAUUAUUGAAGGCACAAGACGGGUAUUCAAAACUACAAAGAGAUCUUAGGGAGAACGUUGCACAAAAAGAGGACCAAGAGGAGCGAAUAGCCACGCUGGAGAAGAGAUAUUUGAAUGCGCAGAGAGAGUCCACGUCGCUUCACGACCUCAACGAGAAACUGGAGCAGGAGUUGCAACACAAGGAAGCUCAAAUCAAAUUGCAUGAAGAAAAGAUUGCCGCUAUCCAAGAAAAGCUCGAAUUGGCAGAGCAAAAGUUGGCGCAAUACUCAAAGUUGCCAGAAAUGGAGGAGCAACUAAAGCAGCGCAUGGAAGCGCUGAAUCAGGUGAGACCCCAGGCUCAGGAAAGACACGGUUCUGCGGAAGACCGCAUCCAGCGAUUGGAGGGUAAUUUGGAUGAAAAGAACACGGAAAUGGUUCGCCUUAAUCAAAGACUUAAAAUGAACGAAGACCAUAACUCCCGUCUUUCCGCCACGGUGGACAAACUGCUGUCAGAGUCCAAUGAUAGGCUACAAGAUCAUCUAAAAGAAAGAAUGCACGCGUUGCAAGAAAAGAACAGCCUUACUCAAGAGCUUGACAAAACAAGAAAGAUGAUGGAAGAACUAGAAUGCCAGAAAGGCGAUAUAAUGAAGGAGCUGGCCAAAUCACGCCUGGAAAUCGACAACGUGAAACGCCAGAUGCUGCAGCAAGAGAUCGCGUACAACAUCCAGCAGACGGACGCGUUAACGCGCUCUCUUUCGCCGAACACGUGCGAUCCAAAGAGUUUCUCGCGCAGCGCCAGUCACUCCAGCUUCGAUACGCAUUCGCUGCCACGCAGGCCCAACAAGUGCCGGACGCCUAUCGACGAGGAGCCCAAGCUUCCGCCUUACGGGUCACGGUCCAUGACCGAACACGAAUGGGAAAAGAUGCAGCAAGCCCACGUGUUGGCCAAUGUGCAACAAGCUUUCGAUGUCUCCAGCGAUGCUGAAGAUUUUUAUCUAGGUGACGACAACGACAGCAUCUUUAGCACGGCCGACAUGCUGUCGCCAUCCGGGCACACCGACGCCCAGACGCUGGCUAUGAUGCUGCAGGACCAGCUGGACGCUAUCAACAACGAGAUCCGGCUAAUCCAGGAAGAGAAACAGACGACAGAGGCGCGCGCCGAAGAGCUGGAAUCGCGGGUCGGCAGCAUGGAGCACAUGAACCUUCUGGCCCGCGGUCGGAGCCUCGAACGACAAAGUCCACCUGUAAGCGGUAGAUCGACGCCUAAGUCGCAUCAUUCGCCACAAAGGGACUAUUUGCAUAAGUAUCACACGCUCCAGUUGGCUCCAUUGUCGUCGGAUAUGUCGCGCGAAGACAUGCACAUGGGCGACAGCAGCAGCGGAGGUGGUGCCUCACCGCUCACAGCCAGAACUAUGCGCUUGGAAAGGGUGGCCCAGGCACUGGCCCAUAGUCAGGAGGAACUUAGAAGUGUGUUUAGGCAAGGACAGACACACACACCACCAUCACCCUUAUCCUCUCGUCAUAGCAGCCAGGAAAGCCUUCACAAAAACACCAUGGGCAUGAGCAUGGGAAUGAGUAUGAACAGGGACAUGUCGUCGGCGGCGGUUGCAGCAGCGGCGGCUGCGCAGAAAAAGAAAGGUAUCAAAUCAUCACUGGGAAGGUUCUUUAGCAAGAAGGAAAAGGUGAAAGGAAAAGAUCUAGUCGGAAGCGAAUGCAAUCUAACCCUUAGCCAAAGCAGUAUUGGAAUGACCGACGGUGAUUUAAGCGAUACCAUGAGUAUUUCUAGUAAAAUGGGACAGAAAGGAGAUUUUGAUCGACGACAAAAGAAAAAGGAGCGUGAUUACAGACACGACCUUCUGGCGGAAGCGAUGAAGGCGGGGACGCCGUUCGCACUUUGGAACGGUCCCACGAUUGUUGCCUGGUUGGAAUUAUGGGUGGGCAUGCCGGCCUGGUAUGUGGCAGCUUGCAGAGCCAACGUAAAGUCUGGAGCUAUCAUGAGCGCGCUUAGCGACACCGAGAUUCAGCGCGAAAUAGGCAUCAGCAAUCCAUUGCACAGACUGAAACUGCGCCUGGCUAUCCAAGAGAUGGUGUCGUUGACGUCUCCGUCGGCGCCGAAAACGUCUCGCACGACGCUUGCGUUCGGAGACAUGAACCACGAGUGGAUCGGAAACAGCUGGUUGCCGGCGCUCGGCCUGCCCCAAUACCGCACCACCUUUAUGGAGUGUUUGGUAGACGCGCGCAUGCUCGACCAUCUGAACAAAAAAGAUUUGAGAGGGCAACUAAAAAUGGUUGAUAGUUUUCAUAGGACAAGUCUACUGAUGGGAAUAUCAUGCCUGAAAAGACUUAACUAUGAUAGACAUAUGUUAGAAGAAAGGCGGAAAAACUGUGAAAACAUAAUAGCGGACGUGGUAGUAUGGAGUAAUGAGCGGUUAAUUCGAUGGGUAGCCACAAUAGGGUUAAAAGAAUAUGGUAAUAAUUUGCUCGAAUCUGGCGUACACGGUGCAUUAAUUGCAUUAGACGAGAAUUUUGAUUCAAACAGCAUGGCUUUAGCUUUGCAAAUUCCAACACAAAAUACUCAAGCAAGACAGGUACUGGACACAGAGUUUAACAAUUUGCUGCACAUCGCGACGGAGCGUCGGCCCGAAGACAUCAGAUCCUGAUACGAGGCAGAACUGAAAUAACACAUGCUUACGACAUACUAUUAAAACAAGCGAAAGCCGCGGGCAAUGCCAAAUAUAUAAAUUAUUAUGAGCAGACCAUGUAGUGUUCGACCGCGUUUUUGCGGCCCCAUGACGCCCACACUACACCUAUCUCCCCGAAUCCCCCAUCCCUCUCAUUCGCUGCUGAUCAUUUGUACAAAAAUAUCCAAUUAAAGAAAGCGAGCUUUAAUGAACCUGUAUCGUGAAUGACUCGAGAUUGCAGACGGGCUCUCGACACUACGAUCAAUUUACUCUGGUGGACAUGCGAAAUGGUCCGCUCCACCAACUAUAUUUUUGUGUGUGUUUGUCCUUCUAUCUUUAUUUUGUUGUUGUUAGUACAAAUAGGGGACAUGAAUGGAGCGUUCCAAUUUUCAUGUCACCUGGUACAUAUCAGGUAUGUAGCAUUCACUAAUACUAUUAUUACCCUUACAUAUCUAGUGAAAUUAUUUAACCCAAUUAAUAAUAUUCAGUGCCACUAAUUGCGGUGUUUAGCUUUGGGACGUAGCAGUGUACACUGAAAGACGUCUUUCUGUCAAGAGCCCAAUCGCAGAUCCCCUUAUAAAUAACUUAAAUAGUAUUAUUAAUAAUUAUUGUACAUUGAAGUUGUUGUUUAUUUGUUGGACUACUAUCGGCGAGUAUAUUGUUUAAUGUGACGGCUAGCGAUGGUCAGUAUUAAUCCCGCGCGUGCCUGCCUCCACCAGGUGCUGUCAUUUGUUGAGCUUGUAGACAUGAUUUUUAUUUGCAAACAUGUUUUUCAAAACAAAAAAUCUAAUCUGCCUUCUAUCUAUACCUAACUACUCAUCUGAUAUGCCUUGGAGGUUUUUAUUUCAGGAUUAUAACACUUAGCACUUUUUUUAAUAGACUGAUCUGCAUUUUUUUUGGGGGGACAAAAUCAGUAGCACAAUUUUAAUUAAAGAAUAUUUACUGUGAAUGAAAAGCUGGAAAUGUACAGGAUUCUGAAUAUUUCGAUAUUAAAAAUUUAAAAUUCUGUUAUGUAAUGUAAAUGCAGGUACAUAAUUUUCGGGAAUUCAGAUUUUAAUUGGAAUAAAAAGGCAGGAAAUCCAAUAAUUUUGACUUUAGGCCACAAACACAUGUGUUCUUAUUAAUUAUGGUUAAAAAUACAUAAGGGGCCAUCCAUAAAUCUCAUGACGCUGGUGAGGGUCCGUUACGUGAUAAAGUAAAUCGAAUGAAAUUGUUUAUUUGUUCAAUUUUUAGUUAGCUUUAUUAUAUCGUGUAACGGAAGGGAGUUGGGGUGAUCGAUAAAGCAUCACAUGACCCUUCACAAUGAAGGGGGGUCAAUUUUGACUAUUUUUUACGUCACGAGAUUUAUGGACGGCGCCUUAAAGCGUAUCUAGUUUUUAACAACUUUUAGGGUAGCGGUUUAAACUUAUAAUUUUAAGUUUAUUACGUUUUAAAUAGUAUAGUCACUUUUCUUUAAUUUUUUUCUCGUAAAUAAUUUCUAAAACUAGAUACGCCUUUACGUAUUUUCAACGGAGAUAUAAUUUUAUGCAUUGAUUUUUGAUAUGCCACCAUUUUGC